AUGACAUCCACAGUCAGUAUCAACAUUUCUACGCCUUCCUUCUACAACCCCCAGAAGAAGUUUGCGCCUGUGGUUGCCCCUAAACCCAAGGUGAACCCCUUCAAGGCUGGGGGUGCGUCAGAGUUGUCGUCACUGCCUUCUGGAGCUGCUGCCCAGCGUGCUCAGAUUGGGAAAGUGGGGGAGAUCCCAUCAGCAUCCAUGUCCCUGCUGACAGAAGCUGUGUCUGAGAGCAAGUAUGUUGCAGGGAAGUUGACCCUGAUGGUGCCUCCCCCUCCUGGAGAGGAGGAGAAUUUCUCCUCAAACUGUGCUUUUCCCCCACCCCCACCACCCUUUGAGGAGCCUUUUCCACCAGCCCCAGAAGAAGUUCUUCCUUCUCCUCCUCCUCCUCCUCCUCCGCCAAUGUUUGAUGAAGGGCCUGUGAGCAAGGUACCUGCCCCACAGGUACGUGGCAAGAUGAACAGCAUUGAUCUUGAGAUUGACUCACUGUCCGUAAUGUUGGAUGACAUGGAGAAGAAUGACCCCUUCAAGUCCCGGGUGAGCUCUCCAGAAUGCUGCAGAUCAGGUGCCAGUGUUCCCACGGGUCCCUCAAACUCUACAAGACACCCUACGUCCCUUCAGACUCAGUUCACAGCCCCUUCACCUUCAGGUCCCACCUCCCGGCCACAGGCUCCCAGUUUCACCUAUGCCCAGCAGAAGGAAAGACCCCAAGUGCAGGAGAAGCCACGUCCCACAGAACAACCUGUUGCUGCAAAAGACACGCAUAGACCCACAGGCUCUAGUGCAGACCCACCUCGGGGAAACUCCUGUCUGACCAUGAAGGAGGUAGAAGAGCUGGAGAUGUUGACCCAGAAACUAAUGAAGGAUAUGGAGCAUCCGCCCCCAGCAGAGGCUGCUACUUCUGAACUCUGUGGCUUCUGCCGGAAGCCCCUGUCACGGACCCAGCCAGCUGUGAGGGCACUGGACUGCCUUUUCCACGUGGAAUGCUUCACCUGCUUCAAAUGUGAGAAGCAGCUGCAGGGGCAGCAGUUCUAUAACGUGGAUGAGAAGCCCUUCUGUGAGGACUGCUAUGCUGGGACCUUGGAAAAGUGCAGUGUCUGCAAGCAGACCAUCACAGACCGGAUGCUGAAGGCCACUGGUAACUCCUACCAUCCCAAAUGCUUCACUUGCGUCGUGUGCCACACCCCUCUUGAGGGAGCCUCUUUUAUUGUGGACCAGGCCAACCAGCCUCACUGUGUGGAUGACUACCACAGGAAGUACGCCCCGCGCUGCUCCGUCUGCCGCGAGCCCAUCAUGCCAGAGCCUGGGAAGGACGAGACCGUGCGCGUGGUGGCACUGGAGAAAAACUUCCACAUGAAAUGCUACAAGUGUGAGGACUGUGGGAAGCCCUUGUCCAUUGAAGCAGAUGAGAACGGGUGCUUUCCACUGGAUGGGCACGUGCUGUGUAUCAAAUGCCACACCAUUCGUGCCAAAGCAGCAUGCUGAUGAGCUUGGAGUGGGCAUAUCCUUGAGACCCCUGCACUCAAUACUCUUCCCCUUCCCACCAUUGUCCUACCCCUCUGCCUGACAAGGCAGAUUGCUGCCAAUGGAGACCAUGCCAGCACAGUUCUUUACUCACAUAGGAUUCACCGCUCCUAGACUUCACUCUGCACAUCAGCGAGACAGGACUUCUGCUGUCACC